UUGAAGCUAAGGCAAGAAGAAGAAAUUCAAGAGAUGACAAAAGAAGAGAAGAAAUUAGAAGUGAUCACAGUAGUUUACAAGGCAUAUCUUCAUUGCCCUAAGUGUGCCCACGACAUCAAAAAGCCUCUUCUUAGAAUUCAAGGAGUUCAUAACGUGGAUGUCAAAUUUGAAAAGGGUGAGAUCAUAGUUACAGGGGCAAUCGAUGCCAAAAAAGUCCAAACACUGCUCCAAAAACGCUGUAAGAAAGUUGAGAUAAUAUUCGAGACUAAAGUUAAGGCAGAAGAAAUUAAAAAGAAGGAAAAUAUAAAAUCAAUUACCCUAAAGGCUUACUUCCAUUGCAACGAAUGUGAACGUGAGGUACGUCGACGGUUGCUCGUACACAAAGAAAUACAUAAUGUGAAGACAGACAUGAAAGCUCAGACCAUAACAGUAGAAGGUGUGAUCGAAAACGAAAAGCUCGUUGCAUACAUGAAAAAGAAACUCCACAAAUACGCAGAGAUUAAAAAACAAGAAGAAAAGAAGACAGAAACUAAAGUCGAGGUUAAGAAGAAGAAAGAAACAGAAGAUGAUGGAGACCAAAAAGUGGUGAAAGAGUUUGAGGAGGUUAAGAAAGUCGAAGCCAAACCUUAUUUCAUACAUUAUGUCUAUGCCCCUCAGCUCUUCAGUGACGAAAACCCCAAUUCUUGUUCCAUUUUGUAA